AUGGCCGCGCGUGGGGCCCAGCGGCCCAACGGGCACUCGCAGCCCAGUAAGAUCUGCCAGUUCAAACUGGUGCUGCUGGGAGAGUCGGCCGUGGGCAAGUCCAGCCUGGUGCUGCGCUUCGUCAAGGGCCAGUUCCACGAGUACCAGGAGAGCACCAUCGGCGCGGCGUUCCUGACGCAGUCCGUCUGUCUGGACGACACCACGGUGAAGUUUGAGAUCUGGGACACGGCGGGGCAGGAGCGCUACCACAGCCUGGCCCCCAUGUACUACCGGGGGGCCCAGGCUGCCAUCGUGGUCUACGACAUCACCAACCAGGAAACCUUUGCCCGUGCCCGGGGCUGGGUGAAGGAGCUGCAGCGCCAGGCCAGCCGCAUCGUCAUCGCCCUGGCUGGGAACAAGGCUGACCUGGCCAGCAAGAGGAUGGUGGAGUACGAAGCCCAGGCCUACGCUGAUGACAACAGCCUGCUCUUCAUGGAGACCUCGGCCAAGACAGCCAUGAAUGUCAACGACCUCUUCCUGGCCAUCGCCAAGAAGCUGCCAAAGACGGAGCCGCAGAGCACGAGCGGGGCCGGGGGCCGGGGCCGGGGCGUGGACCUGAGCGAGCAGAGCCCGCAGGGCCGCGGGCAGUGCUGCAGCAACUGAGGGAUCCACGGGAUCCACUGGGAUCUG